UCUGCCUUUAUUAUGAAUUCAGACUCCCAGAGUAAGAGUUCUUUUACAUACACACCAAUGUGUACACAGGUCCUUGUGUUUUUGUCCUGGCUAUUGACUAGACAAUGAUCCUUGCCACUGACAAGGUGAAACCACACUGGAAAAUACUGAGGUACAAGUUUCCUCGACCAUCACAGUGCCUCAUGCAUUCACCGAGCCACUCACCUCAAAUCACUUGUUUCAGACUCAUUGUCAUUUUGUCAGACAGUAAGCAUGAUGGAAUUAAUUAUACUGAUAUGGAUAAAGCUCCAGUAAGUAAAGGUUUACUGGGAACUUCAGUUGUAACAUCAAUUGCCCUGAAUAUACCAUUACAGAAUUAUCAACCCUAUUUUAUCUACACGACACAACAAAUUCUACAAAAACAACAGAUAUGGCGUUUAUUUACAUCGAAGCUGGCAUUUUUAGACAUGAAAGAUCUCUUCAUUUGCUCAUUACUGAUUUAUUAUUUUAGAAUUUUUGAGCGCAGAUUUGGCUCCCGUAAAUUUGCAUCAUAUUUAUUAGGAACUGGUUUAUUAGCAACGUUAUUAGAAUUGUUAUGUUUGUAUUUAUGUCAGAAUUUUCUGGACUUUGAUAUUACGUCUGUACCUUCAGGACCAUUAUGUUUAGUAUUUCCCAUGUUUGUACCAUAUUACUAUGAUAUACCACGUGUAGCUAUGACAACGAUAGUAGGUGUACCUGUGACAGGUAAAACAUUUACCUAUAUAUUGGGUCUGCAGAUAGCCAGUACAUCAGCGGAGUCCAGAUUAGCAGCAGUCUGUUCUAUAGUAGCUGGAUUAUUGUGGCGAUUAAACUUUGUAAAAUUACAAACAGUUAUUCAGAUACCAAAAUGCGUAGCUAAAGUGUGUGAUGCAACUAUUGGACGAUUGUUAAAAUCUUCACCUCCUAAAAACACACGCCUACCAAUGGGCGCUACAUUAGAAUUGCAGCGUCAAGAACAGCUAGAUCGUCUUGAACAGCAGAUGUUGUGGUCAACAUUUCAAAAUCCAAAUCAUUUACCCAAUGGAAAUGCUCAACAACAGAACUUAUUUCAAGGAUUAUUUGGCAAUAACAACAUUCAGGAAAAUCUACGACAACGAUAUAAUACAGCAGCGGCAGCUCAAUUAGAAAAUCAGGAACCAGAACAACCAGUCUCAGAAGAACAGGUGCAGCAGUUGGUUGAUAUGGGAUUUAACGCAGAUCGUGUGAGAACAGCUUUACGUAUGUCUAAUAACGAUGUUACUACGGCAACAAGUGUUUUACUCCGUGAUUUAUAGUCUAGUGUUGAUGGAACAUACACACUUGGUAUCAAAUGCUACACACAAUAUUAACAAGAUUUGUGGCUGGAAAGAACACAAGUGGGGUGAUAUUAUUUUGCGGUUGCCAAAAAAACGCAGAAAUCACGCAGAAUCUGACAGAUCAUACAUUGUUCAUCGAUUGUAAUGUCUUGGUCGUAUCAAGUGUGUUGAAAUAUUAUCUAAGUGAAUAUUACUCUCUUAAUUUUUCCUCCAUGAAAAUGAUUUAUCUUCCAUACAUAGUUUGGUUUCCAUGGUGAUUAUGACGUCUGGUCCAUGUGAAAUAAACUAGAAAUUGGAUUGUGUGUUCUGCAAACUUACUUAAGCCUUUGACAAAACCAAACUCCUGAACGUUUAUGCGGCCUGGGACAUCCAAGAUGUCCGAUAUAUGCACGUAACCAUGUACUCGUAACAAUUGCGGCAGGAGAACCGACCACUCAUAUUUUAGGCACUACAUGGUUGCUUUCUUGGUUUAUCUCCAAUAAUCUGCCUUGUGGUGCCAUGGGUUGUAAACACGUGAAGGUUGCUGUCAGAGAUGAAGAGGCUUGUAUUCUGGGCCACGGUUCAAAGGGUUAAUUAUUUAAAUUGUUCCUACCAUAGCAAAUGGACUGAUUUUCGAUGUCUGUUUGGAACAAUAAUGGUAAAACUAUUCAAAGUGAGGUUGUGUGCGAUCGAUCCCUAAAAUAAUAUAUACCUGAAGUUGAUAUAACUUCAAAAUAGGUUGAUCUCAUUAAUCUUUCAAACCUGGUGUGUAUUCUCCAGAUCUUCCAUUUCCUCCCACUGCUAAAGACCCCAACGCACAAGCAAGUUAUUAAAAUAAAAUUGAACCAUGUUAGCCCCGAAAUGACCUGGUUCGUAUCGAGUGGACUUUAAACUCUCUCUCUCUCUCUACAGUAUCACUUCUGUACUAGUUAAAAGCAAGUUACACGGAUAGAAAAUCUAUAAUAGAGGGUAGAAAUCAUCACAUUGAUUUGAUGUGGAAAUUUGAUUUGCGAAAUGGACAUUUUUUUAUCUGUAGAUUAAUCAAAUGUUGAAAUAUUUAUGCCUAAAUCAAAUGACUUAUGCUUUUUUUUCUCUCAAACUAACAUAAUGGUCUAAAGGAGCCGUUCUUUAAAACUGAAUAUAGUAAUACAUUAAUAUGUUCAACCCCCUUUAAAUUAUACAAUCACCCCAAGUCAAGCUUUCUUUAAUCAAAGAUGUUCAACCACCUUUUUUUUAAUCAAAUGAUUAAUGAUGGAUUAUGUAAGAUUUAGAUAAAGAGCUAGACGUUCUUGCUAUAAUGGUGAGAAAGGAAUAUAUUGAAAAUUUCAUUCAAAUUAAUUUAUUCUGAUCGAAGUUAUAACUGUUGGAAGAUAUAGGAUAGAUUGUUCAAUAUCAUAGCGACAGUACUUGACAACUGAGAUUUAGUCUUGAUUGCCAUUUUAUUGUUAAAUUUUUAACUCUUGUGGAUGUUUAAAUACAUUUAAAUUUCGGCCAUCUGAUGGUUUAUAGAGUUGAUUAUAUGCUAUGUUAAUAAAUGUUUUAAAUAACAUUUGAGGCCAAAAUAAAGACCUGCAAUAGGAACAUUUAGCUCUUACAUAAUACAUCUUUAAAAAGAGAAAAAUAAAUUAUAAAAUGUUGUAAAUAUUAUAUAAUGAUAAUUUUAAUGUAUGUGAUUUAAUAUAUCAGUUAUAUUUAUUAAAGGUGAAUAAUAUAUUCA